UCAAAUAUUUCUCUUCGUGACAAAGGCGAGUUUUUAUUCGAACGGAUAGAAAGUUUUCAUUUUCAGUAAAAAGAAGUGAUGUCCUAUUGAAAAAAAUAAUUGUUUUACCAACACUUUAUUAACAGAUUGUGUAACUAAUUAAACUUGGUAAAAAUUGAAUCGAAUGUGAGUGCAAAGAAUUAAAAGAAAUCCCCCCUGAAAAUUUCACGUAUAAAUCCGUCGCUGUAAUAAGAAUAAAAUAUAUGAAGUUUGAAGCAAAGAAGAAAAUCUUCAAAAUAUUGACCGGAACCUCUCAAUACUAAAAUACUAAGCAAUAUACAUACAUUAAACAAACUUGCAACAAAUUUCGCAUCAAAAAGUAACAAUAACGAAAAAGCAUUUACAAAUAUAAAUACCUAAUUACAAUAAAUUUACAUCGCAUAAUUGGGCGUAUAUAAUUGAUUGUAUUCUAUGUUCUAUGUGUUUCGGAAUCGUCUUUUUCUAUAAGUGCUAAUUUAAUAAUCAUAAUAAUUUUGAAAGAAAAAACAUAAAAAUAAACAAAAAAUAAUCAAACAAAACUUAACAACACUAAUCAAACUUUUCAUCUUCAUCCAAAUAUCAAUAUAUGCAUCAUCAUCAUAAUUGGUAGAACGUUACAAAUAAAAACAACUGUAGUUAUCAAUCAGCUUCAAAAUCGUUUCCAUCACAGUCGAAACUUGUGGCAUCAAUAAUCGAUCACCGAUCUUAUCGGGCAACCUUGCAAAUGGGAACCAAUUCAGGAGCAACAACUGGUAUUAAUAAUAAACCGGGUACAGGCGCCGGUGGUGGAGUUGUGGUUGGUGGUGGAACAGGUGACGAUGGCAAUGGCGGUGGUGGCCAAAAUAACCAACAAACUACCCCGCAGUAUACGAUACCGGGAAUACUGCAUUUCAUAGAGCAUGAGUGGGCGCGUUUUGAGUUGGAGAGAUCGCAAUGGGAUGUGGACAGAGCUGAGUUACAGGCUCGUAUAUCAAUGCUACUAGGUGAGCGAAAAGGCCUCGAGAGUCUUAAAUCUGAUCUUAUACGCCGAAUUAAAAUGUUGGAAUACGCUCUCAGACAAGAGCGUGUUAAAUUCCAUCGUCUUAAAUACGGAACUGAUCCGCCUCAACUGAUGAAUGAACUAAAACCGCCAAGCGAUGAAACAGGCAUUGGCAACGAAGUCGCACCCGAUUCCGAAGUACCCUACAGUUCGGUCUCAAAUACAACAUGGCGACAAGGUCGCCAAAUGCUGCGACAAUAUUUGCAAGAAAUUGGCUACACAGAUAACAUUAUCGAUGUCCGCUCGAAUCGUGUCCGUUCACUAUUAGGUCUUAAUAAUAAUUCGGAACAAGAGGAGAAUGUUAGUCCCAAUAUAAAUGGGAAUGAAAAUAACAAACGCGCCUCCGAAUCUGAAGAUAUUUUUAAUAUUGCAGGUCGACGUACACCCGCCAAAAAAGCACAACAAAUGAACGAUGCCAUGAUGUUGGAAACCGAAGCAGCUGUUAUGGCUAACUUUGAAUUCUUGGCCCAAACAGAAAUGUCCGAUGAUGACGAAAUAAAUGAUGACCUCGAAAUGAUGGCCGUCGAUAAUGAUGAAUCCGAUGUAAAGACCACAAAACGAAACAAGGGCAAGGAUAUGAUAAAGACUGAAGAUAUUGAUGCCGAGGUUGGGGAGCAGAUUCUGAAUGAUAUAAAUCUAUUAACUGAAGGAUACUCCAAUACUGACUCUACACGACGCAAUCUUAUCUCCGGAGAUGAAGAAGUGGACGCUUCGCUGGGCCUUGGUGAAUUGGCACAACUCACAGUCAAUAAUGAGGCUGAAAGUAAUUAUGACGUAGCAAAUGCGAAAGAUAGCGCUUAUCGGAAAACAUGGAAUGCCAAAUACACCCUACGAUCACAUUUUGAUGGCGUACGUGCAUUGAUUUUCCAUCCCGAAGAACCAGUUUUGAUUACGGCCUCCGAAGAUCACACUCUUAAGCUAUGGAACCUGCAGAAAACUGUACAAGCCAAAAAGUCUGCUAGUCUCGACGUGGAGCCGCUUUAUACUUUUCGCGCCCACACCGGUCCCGUAUUGUGCCUGGCAAUGUCGGCCAAUGGUGAUACAUGUUAUUCGGGUGGCUUAGAUGGCAAAAUUGAAUGCUGGAAACUGCCAAGUUCAAGUAUCGAUCCAUACGAUUGCUACGAUCCACAAGUGCAUGCGGCAACACUUGAUGGCCACACAGAUGCUGUUUGGGGUUUGACCACCCACCAAGGUAAUAUUGUGUCGUGCUCAGCUGAUAGUACGGUAAAACUUUGGUCUCCAAAAGCCAAGGAGCCACUAUUAAAGACAUACGCAUCCGAAGCGGAAGGAAUUCCCAGUUCUGUGGACUUUGUUCGCAACGAGGCAGGUCACAUUGUGGUUGCUUAUCAAAGCGCUCAUUGCAUUAUCUAUGACACCGAAACGGGCAAGCAAAUUAUAAAACUAGAGGCUGCCACCGAAAUGUCUGGCAAUACGGGUAAAUUUAUUAACAAAGUUGUUAGCCAUCCGACACUUCCGAUUACAAUUACCGCACACGAAGAUCGUCACAUUCGUUUCUGGGACAACACUAGCGGCACACUGGUGCAUUCGAUGGUUGCUCAUCUUGAGCCGGUCACAAGUUUGGCCAUUGAUUCUCACGGACUGUAUUUAUUGUCCGGAUCGCAUGACUGUUCGAUACGCCUCUGGAAUCUGGACAACAAGACAUGCGUGCAAGAGAUCACCGCGCACCGCAAAAAAUUCGACGAAAGCAUAUUUGACGUGGCCUUCCAUGCCACAAAACCAUAUAUUGCGAGCGCAGGAGCGGAUGGCCUAGCAAAGGUAUUCGUCUAGGAAGCAUUUUCAUUUUUACAACUAUACAUAUUAUAUAUAUAAAUAUUAAUUAUACUAUAAACUAUGUUAUGAAACAAAACAAAAAAAACAUCAGAAAGAAAAGCAAAAAAUUAAUUAGUUAUUUUUUAGAUAUAACAAAAGCAUCUAUAUAUUAAAAUAAUAAUAAUAAAACAAAUUUAAAAAAAUCAUAUUAAAUUAUAUACAAAUUAAAAAAAAAAUAAUAUGUAAAAACAAAUAACAAAAAAAAAUCAAUAAAAAAGAAAUAAACAAAAUUAUGAUGGAAAAUUUGAUUAAUUAUAUAGAUGGUAACAAAAUGAAGUAGUUGCACAGCAUUUGGAAUCACAUGCGAGAUUAUUUAAGUAGUAAUACUAGUGGAAGAAGUAAUAAAAGAGAAAAAGAUGGCGAAUUAUUUGAUAUGCAUGUAAUCGAAACAAUUCUUCAUAGUUUGCUUUGAAAACAAAAUGAAAAAAUAAAAACAAAUCAAAGAAAAAAAAAAGAUAUUUUUGGCUGGGCUUGAAUGUUAUUUUUUUUAUUCCUUUUUUGUUUAAUUUGUAUUAUUCAUAAGCAAACAGAUUGUGUAUGAUGAAUUUAUGAAUAUUAUAAUCAAUUCAAAGAAAUCAUAAUUUCAAAAAAGAAAAGGAAAAAACAAACAACUAUUCACAAGAGAAUCUCAAAACAAAAUUAUACAAAUAUUUUUUUUUCUUUUUUAUUAACUUAACCUCUGAAGACUAAUCUGUGAAAUGAGUUUUUGGACAAGGGUACAGCUGACUCCAAAUUUCUUGAUAAAACCAAUUUUAAAAUAUGGGAGUAAGUUAAAACUGUUGUAUAAUUAACAAUAAUUAUGCGUAAUAUUAUUAGUGGAUAAUUUUCAAUCAAGCCUUGAAUAAAGCAAUAUUUAGAAAUUCAUAGACAAAUAAAAUCGUUCAUUAUAACUAAAAGGGUGUAUUUAAUAAAAAAGAAACAAACACGAAAACAAAAAUAACAUCAAAAAAACACUUACCUCUUCCAAAGUAGCUCUGUAAGUCCCAUUUUCAAUGUACUCGUAGAACAAGUUUUCAUAUUUUUUUAAGGGUCUUUGCUCACUAGUUGAUUAUGAUUAUGAUGAUUGAUUAAGAGAAAGUUUCAAUCUGCAUUUAAAUUAGCUUUUUGAUUCACAAUUAUUUGAUUAUUUUAUGCCUCAUGUUGGAUUGCAAAUUUUCACAUUAAAAAAGCAAACGGAUUUUGUUGCAACAAUGAUGUAUUUCUUAAUUACCCCUUUGAAUAGAACUUUGAAAACAAACAGUUAAAUGUAACAAUAAUGCAAAUUAAAAACCUUUUUUGUAGAGCAAAGCAUGAAUUGAUUCUGGGUACGUCCUUAUUUAAAACUUUCAGCCAAAGUUUGCUUAGUUCUCAAUAAUAUUCGAUGCCUCGUUCGUGACGUUUAUCCUAUUUUAUUUUUCUAUUGCUUCAAUGAAUGCAGCUCUAUGCCAUCCUUUGGAAGUUUAUCGUAAAUCACUGCCUUUUGCAUUAUUGUGAAAUAUAUGUAUCUUUCGUUAGGGAAUGUAGAGUGUAUAGUAUAUACAAUACAGCGGAUGAUUGAAAUUUUCAUUUGAAAGUGAAAUAUUGCAGGUAAGGAUACGUUAGGGCAUUGUGCUUUGAUUAAAACUUAAAGCUCUUAAAAUUCAAACUUGAACGAUACCAUUUCCGCAACAGUUCUGCAAUUAACCGAUCUAGAAGUUAUACAUGAUAUUAUGAAGUUUUUUUUUCCAGAAUAAGCUAAAAGGAAAUAUUAAGCUCAGACCUCUAAGGACUUAUCAUAUUCAGAUGUCCGUAUAAAUUACUUAAAUGAGUGCUAUAUUGUUAAAAAUUUAAGACGAAGAACCGUUUUUUUUUCAACUAAAGUACUUCUGUACACUUUUAUCUUCAACUCCAAUAACUUCUUCACUUUCUGCUUUGUACCAUAAGAGAAAAAUAAAAGUAUUUCCAAAGGAAAAUAAUUAUUACAAUCGGAAUCUAUCUACAUGUAAUUGCAUUUGCAGUAGCACACGCUUAUUGUCCUUUAAUAGCCGUGAUAAAUAUGUGAAAAGUUAUUAUGGGUGCUACAAACAAAGUUUAAAAAUAUUUCAAAAUGAUCGAUUUUCAAACCCUUUUAUAUACUCCCUCACUAUUUAAAUAAGAUCCGAUACACUUUUUAUUUUGUUUUUAUUAAACAUGUUGGUGAUAUAAUUUUAGCGCUUUUCUUUUUAUUGCUCGAUUACAGUCAUAUCAAACUAGAAUUUUGUAUUUCAAAGAAAAUUCAGUAAAAAAAUGACUAUAAAGAGAUUUAAAUUUUAAAAUCUAAGAUUCUAUAAAGUAAAAUAUUAAACAAUGAAAAAGAAAAAUCAAUCUUUUUUAUACCUUCUUUUAGUUUUUUUUUUUUUUAAUUUUUUCCUUCAUAAAGUUUUGAUUAAUUUAUGUGUCCACUCUAUUGUCUAAUAGAAAGAAGAAAACAAACAAAAAUAAGAGUUAAAAUCUGUGCAAAGAACGUCGCAAUGAUCUUUUAGUUUAUAAUUAAAGUUUAAAAAUUAUAUUAUAUCUAGUUUGAAAAUUAAAAACAAAAAUAAAAUAAAAGUUAAUCUAGUUUUAUUAUAUAUAAUGUAGAUUUUAUCUUCAUUGAAUUAUACUUAUAAUUUAAAAAUUAUUCAAAAUAAAACAUGUAUAUGAAUAUAUAUUAGAAUUUAUAAUAAAUGCAAAUAAAAGAAGAAAUUAAAAAAUAAAAAAACUAUACAAAACAUAAUUUAAUAAAAAAAAAACAUAUAGCAAACAAAACAACAUUUAAGGAACGAAUAUGGAAUACAAUAUGAUAUUCAAAAAAUAAAAAUGCAUGAUACAUGUAACACAUAAAUACAUUUAAAAUUUCCCAUUUUUACAGAAUUAUAAAGUAAAAACAAAAUAAAAAAAAACAACAACAAGCAGAUAAACUUGUGAAGUGUAGAACAAAACAAAAACAAAAAAAGUAAUUAAGAAUAUUAUUGAAAAUCUUAUAAAACCAUGAGAUUUUUAAGUAAUAACAUUUUAGGCUAAGAAACUAUUAUUACAGUUAAUAUUAUUAUUAUUAUUGUGAGAUGAAAAAAUAAUAAAAUAAACAAAAAAUCAAUAAUAAUGACCGUUUGAUCCAAGGUUUAAAAAGAACUAAAAUGCAAAAUGAAAUGAAAUUAAUAAACAAAUAAAUUGAAAAAAUGAAAAAUAAUAAAAAAAAAAAACAAAUACAUUGCAUAUAGAUUAUAAAUAUUUAUAUGACAUCGUCUAUUAUACAGAUAUGUUUUCAUUUAGUUCUCUUGUUUCAUUUUGUCAUUCAAAUUGAUUACGUUUUUCUUUUUUGUAUUUUUAUGUAAAUUAUAUAGAAGGAGACAAAAAUUAUUUCGAAAAAUUAA